AGGCCAAAGAUCCUGCUUCCAGUUCCCGGACAAUACUAUCCGCAACAGACGCCGACUGGUAUGGGAUACGUGUCGACGCCGUACGGGCAAACACCGAUGCCCAUGACGCCGGUUUCUGGUCAGCCGCAGAUGAUCUAUGCCAAUCGGGCCAGCGAGUUCGUCUUCAAGGGGAUCAAGGGCUUGACCAAGUCUGGGCUCAGUGUGGGAGAAAAGAGCGCCUUUUGGCUCUACGAGAAGGUUAGUUCCUGGAGCAAGAGAUGGUUCACGCAUAUUUUUUUAUUCGUCAUCAUACUUCUCUAUAGCAUCGCAGGCGCGAUGAUCUUCAUGACGGUCGAGGGUACGCAUGAGGAUGUUCUCCACUACAAUAUCCGAAAAGACAGGAAUAAUAUCCGGGACAGUUCAACGAACGAAUGAGAAUGACGAAUCCUUCGUCAUGGAUAAAAAAAAGUGUCAUUCAAUGUGCGUUAACAAUGCAACGCCGACUUCAACUACAAUUGUAUCCUAGUAUCCGGCAGCGAAACGUGUGCGUGAACUUUAAUUUGAUCCCUGUUGGUCGUGAGACAUGCAAACUGGAUGGAAACUGCAGUUUAAAUCCAAUUUUGUUGCUGAUAAUGACGCUUCUGAGCCUGUUUGGUCCUGUCAAUGCCGCGUGUUCCGCGUUGUUACGUCGUUCGCCAUGCUAACUAGUAUUGGAUUUCGCGGCGGCAUUGUUUGCAGAAUUGCUGUAAUUGUCUCGUUUUAAUGCCAUUGUAUAAUUUCUGUGUCCCGUGAAACUUGAUUGAAAAAUGCUCCUAUUCAGGAUGAAUUUCAUAAUAAGGAAAGCUUUCAUAAACAAAAGGAACUUUUAAAUAAUAAUUAUAUAAUAUAUAUUAUAUUAUUAUUACGUAAUAAAUAUAUUAUUAUAGCGCAUUAAUAGCUGAUUUUUUCUUAUUUGGUGAAGAUAAAAAUUAUUGUGACCGCUUGAUCUCUGCGAAAAAUGCGAUAUGCUUCGCGAAGUCAUUACUAUUUCUCUACUCGAGAAUUUUUAUUUCUUAACAGAAUUAUCACAGAAUAAUGCAGGUGAUACAAUAAACGUUUGCACGACUUUGUGCGUAUUGUCCGC